UAAAAUAAAGUCAGGAAAGAGCCAUGCUUCAAACUGACUUACACACGUCUAUUUUAACAUGAAGUUAUACUGUGUUGUAUUGAUCCUGAGCAUUUUACAUCUGCUUACAGGGGACACACAGGAAGACUACUGGCCUGUUCACACUGCAUGUGACUCAGACAAGAUCCAAGUGAGAUACAGGAGUUGUGACCCAAUACAGGAUGUAGGCUUCAGUUUCAGCUCUUGUUCAGAUAUCGAGACACAGCCAUACCUCAAAGCUUCCAUUCUCUUGAGGCAAUCCAUUGAUGAGCUUUAUGUAUAUGUUGAUCUGUUAAAAAAUAAAUCUUUUGUAAUCUACCACAAUGAGCCCAUCUGCGUACGUAAUUUCCCUCGUUUCUCCUUCUGUGGCAAAAGGAGAGGAGAAAUGGUUACUAUUCAGACGUCUUUGCCAGGGCUGAGGGUUCCAUUAAAGGGUGAAUACAAUUUUAAAGUACGUGUUAUAAACCAAAAUGACUUCCAGAUUGCUUGUGUGUAUGUUAUGGCUACAUUUCGGUGACAUCUAAAAAAAACUGUUCAUAUAACAAAUAAAUAAAAGCUGAUUAAUAAUGUA